CGAGGGAUGACAUCACCAGUUCACCGCCGGCAGGGGAGGAGGAGCAGACCUUGCGUCACAGCCAUGGCUGCCAUAUUGGAUGGGAAGUGAAGUCUGGACCCUCCGCCUACCAAGCUUGGCGGCUCGCUCACCGGCUCCGGGGAGUGGCGGCGGCGGCGUUUCAGCGUCAUACGAUUAACUUAUUAGCGGGAGCUGCCGCCAGUGUCCCAUUUGUUUGUUCUCUGCUGCCCCCGUUCCGGAGUCGGAGGGAAAGGGGCGGACAAGAUGGCGGACCCGGCGGAGUGCAGCAUUAAAGUGAUGUGCCGAUUCAGGCCUCUGAACGAUUCCGAGGUUGUCAGAGGGGACAAGUAUGUGGCCAAGUUCCAAGGGGAAGAUACAGUGGUGAUGGGGUCCAAGCCCUAUGCUUUUGACAGAGUGUUCCAGUCUAACACAACACAAGAACAAGUUUACAACGCCUGUGCAAAAGCAAUUGUUAAAGAUGUUCUGGAUGGAUAUAAUGGAACAAUAUUUGCUUAUGGGCAGACAUCAUCAGGAAAAACCCAUACCAUGGAGGGAAAACUCCAUGAUACCGACGGAAUGGGGAUUAUUCCCAGGAUAGUGCAAGAUAUUUUUAAUUAUAUUUACUCUAUGGAUGAAAAUUUGGAAUUUCAUAUAAAGGUAUCGUACUUUGAAAUCUAUUUGGACAAGAUAAGAGAUUUAUUGGAUGUUUCAAAAACAAACCUUUCUGUUCAUGAAGACAAAAACAGAGUUCCAUAUGUCAAGGGUUGUACUGAGCGCUUUGUAUGUAGUCCUGAAGAAGUCAUGGAUACAAUAGAUGAAGGGAAAUCUAACAGACAUGUAGCUGUGACAAAUAUGAACGAGCACAGCUCUCGAAGUCACAGCAUUUUUCUCAUCAACGUCAAACAAGAAAACACUCAAACAGAACAGAAACUAAGUGGGAAGCUUUACCUGGUUGAUCUGGCAGGUAGUGAAAAGGUGAGCAAAACUGGAGCCGAAGGAGCUUUACUGGACGAGGCUAAAAACAUCAACAAAUCCUUGUCCUCUCUUGGCAAUGUCAUUUCUGCUUUGGCUGAAGGCAGUGUAUAUAUUCCAUAUCGUGACAGUAAAAUGACCAGAAUUCUCCAGGACUCCUUGGGAGGAAACUGUAGAACCACUAUUGUGAUUUGCUGCUCGCCAUCAUCUUACAAUGAGGCUGAAUCAAAAUCGACACUUCUCUUUGGCCAAAGAGCCAAGACCAUUAAGAAUACUGUAUGUGUAAAUGUAGAGCUUACAGCCGAACAAUGGAAAAAGAAAUAUGAAAAAGAGAAGGAGAAAACAAAGAGUUUGCGCAGUACCGUUCAGUGGCUUGAAAAUGAACUUAACAGAUGGCGCAAGGGCGAAUCUGUACCAAUUGAGGAGCAAUAUGAUAAAGAGAAAGCCAACAUGGAUGCCUUUGUUGUGGAUAACUUUGUCAAUAAUGAAAAGCCUGCCGUCACACUUGCUUCAAAUUUUACGGAUGCAGAGAGAAGCAAAUGUGAAGAGGAGGUUACUAAACUAUACAAGCAACUCGAUGACAAGGAUGAAGAGAUCAAUCAACAAAGCCAGCUUGUGGAAAAACUCAAGCAGCAAAUGCUGGAUCAAGAAGAACUAUUGGCAUCUACAAGAAGAGACCAGGAUAAUAUGCAGGCAGAGUUGAACCGGCUCCAGGCUGAAAAUGAUGCCUCAAAGGAAGAAGUGAAAGAAGUGCUGCAGGCUCUAGAGGAACUUGCCGUCAACUAUGAUCAGAAGUCUCAAGAAGUAGAAGACAAGAUUAAGGAAUAUGACACUUUAAGUGAGGAACUUAAUCAGAAAUCAGUAAUAUUGUCCAGUCUAGAUUCUGAACUGCAAAAACUAAAAGAAAUGACCAAUCAUCAGAAGAAAAGAGCAACAGAGAUGAUGACUUCUUUAUUGAAGGAUCUAGCCGAGAUUGGUUUUGCAGUAGGAGGCAACGAUGGCAAGCAACCCGAAGUAAGUGGAAUGAUUGAUGAAGAGUUCACUGUUGCAAGAUUGUACAUCAGCAAAAUGAAGACUGAAGUCAAGACUAUGGUAAAACGAUGUAAACAGCUGGAAGGCUCACAAAGUGAGAGUACCCAGAAGAUGGAGAAGAAUGAGAAGGAUUUAGCUGCAUGUCAGCUGCUCGUCUCUCAGCAUGAAGCAAAGAUUAAAUCACUGACUGAAUAUGUUCAGAAUGUGGAACAAAACAAGAGGCAGCUGGAGGAGUCUGUGGAUUCUCUUAAUGAAGAGCUGGUAAAGUUGCGAGCACAAGAAAAAGUGCAUGAGAUGGAAAAGGAACAUCUUAAUAAAGUUCAGACUGCAAAUGAAGUUAAGCAUGCAGUGGAAGAACAGAUUCAGAGUCAUCGGGAAAGCCACCAGAAACAAUUAAGUGCUCUCAGGGAUGAGAUUGAAACCAAGAAGAAAGUAAUUACAGAGCUACAAGACCAAAAUCAGAAGAUGUUGUUGGAGCAAGAACGCCUUAAGGUGGAGCAUGAAAAGUUGAAAUACGUUGAUCAGGAAAAAAGCAAAAAACUACAUGAGCUCACUGUAAUGCAGGAUAGGAGAGAACAAGCAAGGCAGGAUCUGAAGGGAUUGGAAGAGACAGUGGCGAAAGAGCUUCAGACCCUUCAUAACCUCAGGAAGCUGUUUGUUCAGGAUUUAACUACACGCGUUAAAAAGAGUGCAGAAAUGGAUUCUGAUGAUACUGGUGGCAGCGCCGCACAGAAGCAAAAAAUCUCCUUUCUUGAGAAUAACCUUGAACAGCUCACUAAGGUGCACAAGCAGCUGGUGCGUGAUAAUGCAGAUUUGCGCUGUGAGCUUCCAAAGCUGGAAAAGCGACUUAGGGCUACUGCUGAGAGAGUUAAAGCCUUGGAAUCUGCACUGAAGGAAGCCAAAGAAAACUCAUCACGCGAUCGUAAACGCUAUCAGCAAGAGGUAGAUCGCAUUAAGGAAGCCGUCAGGUCCAAAAACAUGGCUAGAAGGGGACAUUCUGCACAGAUUGCUAAGCCUAUUCGUCCUGGGCAGCACCCUGCUGCUUCUCCAACUCACCCAAAUGCAAUUCGUGGAGGAGGCGUGUUUCCUCAGAACACCCAGCCGGUGUCUGUCCGUGGAGGCAGUGCUAAACAGGACAAAGUCUGCUGAAGGGGGUAUCUGUGCACAGGAGUCGGAGAAUCAAGCAGCGUCGUUGCUAAACGCACUUAUCUCAAUGGGAUUGUAGGAUCGUUUUUGAAAUUGUAAUUUAUCUGACCUGUACAGCUCUCCUUUCCCUCUCCUCCGUAACUGAUUUGCGGCAAAAAAAAAAAAAACGAGUGCAAUUUUGUUGUCCUCGCUUUACAACAUGUCAUUUAAUAUGUGGCUCCCUCCAUUGCACAGUUUGUUAUCCGUGUCUUAAACAAUUCAGUCCGCACUGUGCCAAGUUGGAAUGUAAGUUACCGGUUAGAUAGGCCCUUGUUAAAUUGUCAGCUCUUCUCUCCGGGGGACAUGGAACAAACAUUAAGCAUUUAAUACUAUUCUGGGCUAAGCGUUUUCAAAUGCUUCCCUGUUAACCGUCUCACUAUAUUACAGCAGUGAUGAACCCUCCUGAAGUGACUUCAUUUAGCUUUGAUGCUACAAUAAAACGUCUAUAGUUUGUACAGUGUGCUACAGCAUCUAGAUUCUAAACAUGUAAACUGCCGAAUAGAAUCAUCUUUUUUGACAUAAGACAAGUUUCCGUGUAACCAAGGCUGCUGUUUUCUUUUGCGGAAAUAACGCUGCUGUGGGGGUUGUUGGUUUAAAUAAUGUAUAGUAACAAAAUACUGGAGUAAACUUUUAUAUACACACACGCAAA